CUGGACCUGAGACGUUGCCCUAUGACUAUUUUUCCAAGACAAAUAUUUUACAAUCUCACUCAACUACAGGAAAUAUUUGCUGACAACUACAAGCUUUGCUGUCCGGCCAUACUGCCCCCUGGUUUCAACGUGCUCAACUGUCACGCUCCUUCCGAUGAAGUGUCUUCCUGUGACGAUCUGCUGCGAUCCGGAGUCUACCGAGCAGGAGUCGCCAUCUUUGCCUCACUGGCGCUGCUGGGAAACCUCAGCUCCUUGGUUUACCGUUUGAUGUUGCACAAAACGUCAGGUAACGUCGGGUAUGACGUCUUCGUCACCAACCUGUGUGUGGCGGACUUUCUGAUGGGUUUGUACCUGUCAAUCAUCGGUAUCGCCGACUUCCGGUACAGAGGCUCCUAUGUCUGGGAGGAUGUCGGGUGGAGAAACAGCAGUUUGUGCAAACUGGCAGGUUUUACGUCUUUACUGUCAUGUGAAGUUUCCGUCUUCAUAAUCUUUCUCAUUACAGUUGACCGUUUCCUUGUUCUCCGUUUUCCUUUCAGCCAGGUGCACUUUGGCAAACGUUCAGCGCAGUGCGCAUGCGCAGUGUCGUGGCUCACAGGUGUGGCCUUUGCGGUUGUUCCUCUUCUGCCGAUGACGUCACACUGGCAGUUCUACAGCCAGACAAGUAUCUGUGUUCCGCUUCCUACCUCCAGGGUACAAUUUCCAGGUCGCGUAUACGCGUUCGGAGUUAUUAUUAUUUUAAAUUUUAUUUUAUCUGUUCACACCAAUUCUAUGUCUGCACAAAAUAUAUCGAAGGCAAGAAAAGAGGUUACUAUUGCCAAACGUCUAAUCACAGUAGUGAUGUCCGACUUCUUGUGCUGGUUUCCUGUCGGCUUAACGGGAAUCCUUGCGUCCAGCGGUAUCCCUAUAUCCGGAGAGGUCAAUGUGGGGAUCGCUGUUUUUGUUCUUCCUAUUAACGCUGCUGUCAACCCAUUCCUGUACACCAUCAACAUCUACCUGGAACGCAGACGCGAAAGAAGAGAGGAAGAAAGACGGAAGCGGCUCGUGAAUCAACUAAAGUUUGCCAAUGGAUUUGCUGGUAAUACAAAGGCCACGUUAACUACUAAUGACAUUAUUGGACUUCUCAAGACGUUGCUUUCGAUGAAAACAUUUUCGCAUACAGAGCUUCAGGAAAUGUUGGAGGAUACUGCUUAAUAAAGAAUAAGAUAUCAGGCUCUUAUAUUAGAGUGAUGUGCUCAGCACUUUCAUUUUGUUCAACUCACUCGACUUACCACAAACUCCUCGACGUUUGCGCUGUUUUUGUUUUUUUUUUUUUUUUACACAAAACAACCCUACAUCUUUUUGUAAGUUUGUAUAUAUUUAAAUCAUUUUAGCUCAUAAAAAUACACAAAUAGUGUUAAAAAUAGUUCCCAGUAAUUCGAUUAAUUAAUACUUUCUAUUAUGUCGUGUUCUGGUUCGCGCUUCUGCUUACCAACAUCUUUUUUUACC